AUGGCUAGCACAGUAGGACAGACCAUUACUUGCAAGGCGGCAAUUGCUUGGGCUGCCGGUGAGCCCCUGUCCGUUGAGGACAUCGAGGUUGCUCCCCCCAAGGCACAUGAGGUGCGCAUUCAAAUUCACCACACCGGUGUCUGUCAUACCGAUGCCUACACACUUUCCGGCAAGGAUCCGGAGGGUGCCUUCCCGAUCGUUCUCGGUCACGAAGGUGCGGGUAUUGUCGAGUCCGUUGGAGAGGGUGUGACUUCGGUCAAGCCCGGUGACCAUGUCGUUGCUCUUUACACCCCCGAAUGCCGUGAGUGCAAGUUCUGCAAGUCUGGCAAGACCAACCUGUGCGGCAAGAUCCGUGCCACCCAGGGCAAGGGUGUGAUGCCCGACGGUACCUCCCGCUUCAAGGCCCGCGGUAAGGACAUCCUCCACUUCAUGGGUACUUCGACCUUCUCCCAGUACACCGUCGUUGCCGAUAUCUCUGUCGUCGCCGUCACUCCCAAGAUCUCCACUGAUCGGUCUUGCCUGCUUGGCUGCGGUAUCACUACCGGUUAUGGUGCCGCUGUGGUGACCGCCAAGGUUGAGGAGGGUUCCAACGUGGCCGUCUUUGGUGCCGGUUGUGUUGGUCUCUCUGUCAUGCAGGGUGCCGUCAAGAACAAGGCUGGUAUGAUCAUCGCUGUCGAUGUCAACGAUGGCAAGGAGGCCUGGGCCCGCAAGUUUGGUGCCACCCACUUCGUCAACCCCACCAAGCUCUCCGGCAAGACCAUCCAGGAACACUUGAUCGAGAUGACCGACGGCGGUUGCGACUACACUUUCGACUGCACUGGUAAUGUCGGUGUCAUGCGCGCUGCUCUCGAGGCCUGCCACAAGGGCUGGGGUGAGAGCAUCGUCAUCGGUGUGGCUGCCGCUGGCCAGGAGAUCUCCACUCGGCCCUUCCAGUUGGUUACUGGUCGUGUGUGGAAGGGAUGUGCCUUCGGUGGUAUCAAGGGACGCACUCAGCUGCCCGGUCUGGUUGACGACUACCUGAAUGGCGAGCUCAAGGUGGAUGAGUUCAUCACCCACCGUGAGCCUCUGACGGCUAUCAACACUGCUUUUGAACAGAUGAAGCUUGGCGACUGUAUCCGUUGCGUCGUGGACAUGAAAUAG